CUGGAUCGUAGUGUGAGGAGUAAUGGCAUGGAGUAUCAGUGGUCAAAACCGGUCAAAACAUUGGUCACUAUAAGAACUACAAACGAACCUACUGUUUUCGUCGCGUUUAACUUGUGCAUUGAACUAUUUGGGCAAACGGAGGACGUCAUGACGCGCGCAUGUGGACCCAGUUUCUGAAACUGCCAAGAGCCGAUAUUUCCUUUUAAAUAACGGAAUACCUUAUUGGACAUGUGAGUUACCGGAGUUAUCGUCAGCAACCGUGCAAAAUGAAGUUUCCCCUGUGUCUUCGAUGUCUCCUCAUCUCCUUCGUGGUGUUCAGGCCGAGCACAGCACAGUCAGUUUGCCCUGGAACGGAGAACAAGUUGAGCACGUUGUCAGACCUGGACCAGCAGUACCGCACCCUGAAGAAGCAUUAUGAGAACUGUGAGGUGGUCAUGGGAAACCUGGAGAUCACCAGCAUCGACCGGAACCGCAACCUCUCCUUCCUCAAGUCUAUCCGAGAGGUGACAGGCUAUGUGCUGGUAGCUCUGAACCAGUUUGACUCCCUGCCCCUGGAGAACCUUCGCAUCGUGCGGGGCACCAAGCUUUACGAGGGACGCUACGCCCUGGCCAUCUUCCUCAACUACCGCCGCGACGGCUUCUACGGCCUCAGACAGCUGGGCCUUCGCAACCUCACAGAGAUCCUGAAUGGGGGGGUUUAUGUUGACCAGAACAAGUUCCUGUGCCACGCUGACACCAUCCACUGGAGGGACAUCAUCAAGAACCCCCAAGCUGAGCUCUUGGUGGUACCGUCCAACAACAGUGGCCUUGGAUGCAAACGAUGUCAUCGCUCUUGUAACGGACGCUGCUGGGGCCAUCAGGACAACCAGUGCCAAAGCUUGACCAAGACUGUGUGUGCUGAGCAGUGUGACGGCCGUUGCUUCGGCCCCUACGUCAGUAACUGCUGCCACAGGGAGUGUGCUGGGGGCUGCUCGGGACCCAAGGACACAGACUGCUUCGCCUGCACCAACUUCAACGACAGCGGGGCGUGCGUGACCCAGUGCCCCCAGCCCUUUGUGUACAACCCCACCACCUUCCAGCUGGAAUCCAACCCACGGGCCAAGUACACCUAUGGAUCCUUCUGUGUGGAGAAGUGUCCCCAUAACUUUGUGGUGGACCACAGCUCCUGUGUGAGGGCUUGUCCCAGCAACAAGAUGGAAGUAGAGGAGAACCGCAUCAAGAUGUGCAUCCCCUGCACUGAUAUCUGUCCCAAAGUGUGUGACGGCAUAGGGACUGGCAGCCUGCAGACAGCCCAGACGGUGGAUGCCAGCAACAUAGAGAUGUUUGUCAACUGCACUAAGAUCAACGGCAACCUCAUCUUCCUCAUCACCGGGAUCAAAGGGGAUAUGUACCAUGGUAUAGGGGCCUUGGACCCGGAGCGGCUCAACGUGUUCCGCACAGUGAGAGAGAUCACAGGGUUCCUCAAUAUCCAGUCCUGGCCAGAGAACAUGACAGACCUCGGUGUCUUCUCCAAUCUGGCAACCAUCGGUGGGAGAUCACUGUACAGUGGGAUCUCUCUGCUGAUCCUGAAGCAGCGUUGGAUCUCCUCUCUCCAGUUCCAGUCUCUGGAUGAGAUCAGUGCGGGCAACGUGUACAUCACCAACAACAGCCGCCUGUGCUUCUACAACACCGUCAACUGGACCAGCCUGUUCCGCACCAGCAACCAGAAGGUGCUCAUCCGCAACAACCGCGCCCCCAGCGAGUGCACCCAACAGAGGAUGGUGUGUGACCGGCUGUGUUCUGAAGAUGGUUGCUGGGGUCCAGGGCCUAACCAGUGCCUCUCCUGUCGUUACUUUAGCCGAGGACGUUCCUGUGUGCCGUCCUGCAACCUCUAUGACGGAGAUGUGCGUGAGUUUACCAAUGGUUCAGUAUGUCUGGAGUGUGACAGUCAGUGUGAGAAAUCUCAGGACAAGACCAUGACCUGCCUUGGAACGGGUCCAGAUCAAUGUAUGACCUGCCUUCACUUCAAAGACGGGCCCAACUGUGUGGAAAAGUGCCCCGACGGCCUCCAAGGCACCAACAGCUUCAUCUUCAAAUACGCCGAGGCCAACAACGAGUGUCACCCCUGCCAUGCCAACUGCACCCAGGGCUGCGUUGGGCCUCGGCUCCAAGACUGUGUUGGAAUGAUGGACAGGACGCCCCUCAUCGCGGCCGGGGUGAUCGGUGCUCUGUUUGUCAUCGUCAUCGUGGCGCUGAGCGUGGCGGUCUACGUGCGCCGUAAGAGCAUCAAGAAGAAGAGGGCUCUGCGCCGCUUCCUGGAGACAGAGUUGGUGGAGCCCCUGACCCCUAGCGGCACGGCCCCCAACCAGGCCCAGCUUCGUAUCCUCAAAGAGACAGAGCUCAAGAGGGUUAAGAUCCUCGGCUCGGGAGCCUUCGGAACCGUCCACAAGGGUGUCUGGGUCCCAGAGGGAGAGACAGUAAAGAUCCCAGUGGCCAUAAAGAUCCUGAACGAGGCUACGGGGCCCAAAGCAAACGUGGAGUUCAUGGACGAGGCUCUGAUUAUGGCCAGCAUGGAGCACCCCCACCUGGUCCGUCUCCUGGGGGUCUGCCUGAGCCCCACCACACAGCUGGUCACCCAGCUCAUGCCCCACGGCUGCCUCCUCGACUACGUCCACGAACACAAGGACAACAUCGGCUCUCAACUGCUGCUCAACUGGUGUGUCCAGAUCGCCAAGGGUAUGAUGUAUCUGGAGGAGAGAAGGCUGGUCCACAGAGAUCUGGCAGCCCGUAAUGUUCUGGUCAAGUCCCCCAACCACAUCAAGAUCACUGACUUUGGCCUGGCCAGACUGCUGGACGUCGACGAGAAAGAGUAUAACGCUGACGGGGGCAAGAUGCCCAUUAAGUGGAUGGCAUUGGAGUGUAUUCACUACAGGAAGUUCACACACCAGAGUGAUGUGUGGAGCUACGGUGUUACUAUCUGGGAGCUGAUGACUUUUGGAGGGAAGCCGUAUGACGGCAUCCCCACGCGGGAGAUCCCAGACAUCCUGGAGAAGGGCGAGCGUCUACCUCAGCCUCCCAUCUGCACCAUAGACGUCUAUAUGGUCAUGGUUAAAUGCUGGAUGAUAGACGCAGACAGCAGGCCCAAGUUCAAGGAGCUGGCUGCAGAGUUGUGUAGGAUGGCCCGGGAUCCCCAGAGAUACCUGGUCAUCCAGGGGGAUGACCGUAUGAAGCUGCCCAGCCCCAACGACAGUAAGUUCUUCCAGAGCCUGUUGGAUGAGGAGGAUGUGGAGGACUUUAUGGAUGCUGAGGAGUACCUGGUUCCCCAUCACUUUAACAUGCCUCCACUAUCAUACACAGCCAGGCUCCGCGUCGACUCCAACAGGAACCAGUUUGGGUACCGGGACGGUUCAGGCUCGACCCCUGAGGAGGGCCUGGCAUUGGGAGGGUCUCCGUCUUGUGUCUCCUCUCCAGAUCCUGCAGGCACGCAGGGGGCAGCCCUGGACGCCCUGGAGGACCAGCGCUGCAACGGCACGCUGCUCAAGAAGAAGACCCAGACAAGGCCCGGGGCAGAGGACAACAACGGGCAGCGCUACAGUGCCGACCCUACCGUGUUCCUGGGGGACCGGGGUGUGGGGCCCCGGGGGGACACGGACGAGGACGGCUACAUGACCCCCAUGAAGGAUAAGACCUCAUCAGACUAUCUGAAACCGAUUGAGGAGAACCCAUUCGUGGCGCGACGCAAGAACGGCGAGGUCCACGCCCUGGACAACCCGGCCUACCACAGCACACCCAACAGCCAGCCCAAGGGGGGCGAAGACGAGUACAUCAACGAGCCUCUCUACCUCAACACCUUCCACAACCCCGGAGACCUGGUCCUGAGAAAGAACGGUGGUCUCCCAUCGCAGAGAACAGCCUCGACUAUCAGUAUUGGCUCCUUUCCCCAACUCACCGUCCAGACUGGCCUUCCUUACUACCCCGUCGUACCGACAGAGAGCUCCUCUUCUGGGCUGCAGGGAGGCUGCCAUCACCCAGUGCCGGGUCACCACAUUCACAAGCUCCACAGUGUUGGUGUGAAACCUGGCCACUCGGCCCUAUCUGGCAACUCACCACAACAGACCCACCUGGGCCUUCAGGGACACCAGUCCCACCUAAUCCAGUGUGGUGGUGGGCCCUCUGCCACCCAGGUUUACCACCCUGAAAGGUCAACUGUCAUGAAAGGUCCCAUCUCCAUGUCGGCGCCCGAGGACCAGAGAAGUGUUAUACCAGCCUACCAGGGGCACACCACCCACCCUGGCAGUGUACUGAAGCAGGGACAGGGGAACCAGGCGGGAGGCAAACCGGCAGGCAAGAAGCUCAAGGUGACCUUUGACAAUCCAGAGUACUGGCAGCACAGCCUGCCACCCAAGCCGUUGAACAGCGUUACAAACCAGGCGGGCAGCACCCUUGAGGCGGGAACCACCAAUGGCAAGUUGUUCUACAAACGGAACGGCUGCAUCAGGCCGGUGGUGGCCGAAAACCCAGAGUACCUAUCAGAGUUCUCGUCCAAUCUCAAGCCGGGCACAGUUCUGCCCCCUCCCCCGUACCGACAGAGGAACACAGUGGUAUAGGAGUGAAGUCCCAACCCAUCUUCCUCCAUCUCCUGGACCAGCCAGUACCCAGCCUUCUCCGGUUCCUCAGUACCUCAAACAGUCACAAGAGCCUCCCCAAAACCCCUCCCCACGACAUCCCACCAGCCAUCAACUGCGCUAACUAGCUAACUAGCUAGCGUUCUCCAGAGAAGGAGCUUGCAGACCCUACUCAGAGUGCCACCAACCAACACACUACCAGACUCCACCUCCUUAUCUCCACUCUAGCCCCUAACUGGUACAGUAACAACAGUAAAACGGCUCUAGGUAAAGACCAGGCCAUGUUAACCUCUGACGCUGUAUAUAAGCUGGACUGGCAGCGGUGGUGGUAUUUGUGAACGAAGCAUCGAGGAACCACGCAAUAUGGAGAUAGUAUGACCAUAUGUACUGUUCUCUACACAGACAGGGAUGGUGUCAGGACUCUCAGGACGGUACGAGGGAACCACGAUGAGGAACGCAGAGGAAAAAGAUGCAGUGUGUCGAAAAAGAGAUGUUAUACAGAGCACAGUGUUUUACAUGACUGUUGUUGCGACAAAAUGAACUGGAGAGAGAGAGAGAGAUGGAAAGACAACCAACCACUACUGUAUGUUGAAAUGUUCCUCACAAAGGAGCUACAUAUUGUAGAUAUUGCAUCACCAUCACUUCAGUGUUACUCACCUCUUACAGUAUUUACGGUAACUAACUCUGUUGUGACCAAGCCUUGUACCAUUUUCAACAUGUUUUAUUUAAGGUUUACUCUAUUUAAUUUUCACAAUUAUUUAUAUAAUGUGUUAAAAACAUAAACUACUUACCUGUAUGUACAACGCAGGUCAUCCAUUGGAUAAUUUUUGGGGGUGUGGCGUUCACUGUUACGUUGUUCACUUGAAAGCUCUUAUCAUGUCUAAACUACUGUAAACCAUGUGGGUGGCUUAUCUUGAAAAGCUUAUCACGUCUAAACUACUGUAAACCAUGUGGGUGGCUUAUCUUGAAAAGCUUAUCACGUCUAAACUACUGUAAACCAUGUAAGGUGGCUUAUCUUGAAAGAGCUUAUCACGUCUAAACUACUGUAAACCAUGUGGGUGGUUUAUCUUGAAAGAGCUUAUCACGUCUAAACUACUGUAAACCAUGUGGGCAGCUUAACUAGAACGCUCUUAUCACGUCUAAACUACUGUAAACCAUGUGGGUAGCUUAACUUGAACGCUCUUAUCACGUCUAAACUACUGUAAACCAUGUGGGUGGUUUAUCUUGAAAGAGCUUAUCACGUCUAAACUACUGUAAACCAUGUAAGGUGGCUUAUCUUGAAAGAGCUUAUCACGUCUAAAACUACUGUAAACCAUGUGGGUGGUUUAUCUUGAAAGAGCUUAUCACGUUUAAACUACUGUAAACCAUGUGGGUGGUUUAUCUUGAAAGAGCUUAUCACGUCUAAAACUACUGUAAACCAUGUGGGCAGCUUAACUAGAAAAACCUUUUCACGUCUAAACUACUGUAAACCAUGUGGGUAGAUUCAUUUGAAAUAACUUAUCACGUCUAAACUACUGUAAACCAUGUGGGCAUCUUAACAAAUAACUUUGUAAAAGUUCCUUUAUCACUGGCUUCAAUGGAAUGACAUAGGAUUUUUUCUCAAUAAUGUCUCGGAAGAGAUUCAUCACUGCGAGGAAAUUAGGUUAUGCAGAUUGUGGCCUGACACAGGGACACAGAGUUUGUAGUAACGGUCUGCAAUGCAAAUGAGAGGAUAAUGAGGAGGACUGCUGUAGCAGGAAAAAUAGUCUCCGUUAUAACUCACUACGGUGGCUGAGACACAGAGAGAGGAGGAGGACGGUGUCCUUUCUAGUGGAGGCCUGGAUGAAUGGAUGAGAGACAGAUUCCAUAUAGACAGAUUCUCAUGGAGGG